AUGGCAUAUUCAUCCCUGGUCACACUUCCUCCGGAGCUGCUGAGUGAAAUAUGCAGUUAUCUGUGUUCGCAUUGUCUGCGCAGCCCCGGGAAUGACAGAGACCCUUCCGAGGUCGAAUCUCACCGUGCCAGAAUCGGGACAAGUGAGAAGCAGAAGGAGCAAGCGGACCUGCUCAACCUCAAUCGCGUUUGCAGGGUUCUCCACGAGGUGGUGGAGCCCUUUUUAUACCACCAUAUCCAUACUUCUCAGAAUCGCGACCUGUACUGCGCUAUUCGGACCCUGUUGAGUCGUUUUGACUUGCGGACGAGGGUAUUGGACCUGAGGGUCGAUUAUGAUGGCAGCAAGCCCCCAGCCCUACGACCUAGGGACGGUUUGGAGGAGCCGGUUGAACUGAGGGAGUCGGCCGACAACGGGACGUUAGUCUCACUCCUACUGAAGCUCGUCCCACGCCUGCAAACCUUCCACCUCCAUGUAUCCGAUGCAGCACUUCCUCCAAUGGACCUCUUGGGCUCAAAGUUUUCCCUGACCUCACUCAGAAGGCUAACCUUCAGCGUCUUCGAACGGGGAUUUGUGCUUGAUCGAAUUGUGCCCGUUAUACAGCUCGCACCUAACCUUGAAGUUCUGCACUGCCACGGGUGCACUCUCGUCAGCGAGUGGUUCACCGAUCUGGUGGACGGGCACAUACCCAUUGAUGAUGUACCGGCCACGUCGCCUCCACUACGGCAUCUCACCGAAUUGAUUCUCACUGACACCCGUAUGACGGCUGAGUCGUUGAGUAAUUUUCUGCUCGCAGUAGGGCCGAAACUGUCCAAAGUCAGCAUGCAACGACCAGAAGAGAGACCAUUUGAUGGAGAUGAUGUGGUCAUGUUCGACGAGGUGGUUGCCGCCCUUCAGUCCUGGCGUAGUGGUCUCAAGGAGCUAUCGUUUUUCUCCCUCGACUUCUGUGGGCAGUCAGAGCAGGCGGAGAACACCGUUGUAUCCAGUAUUCCGACUUCUAUACGAAACCUCAGGAUUUACGGGCUCAACUAUAACCCCGAUGAUCUACGACCUCUACUCGAAGCCUAUAAAAGCGGCCAGUUUCAAUACCUCCGCAGGAUCGAAAUUGAUGGCACAGACGACCUCGAAGAACCCCUCCCAUUAGCGUUCAGGCAGGAGUCUAGGGACUUGAGUGCUGCCUUUCGGUCCGCGGGACUCGAAUUCAUAGUUCACCCCGUACCAAAAUGCUGGUGGCCAUAUUUAGACCCGUAA